CAGAAAGCAAAGAGAAAGUUUAGCUUGCUAACUAUGCUUCCUGGGCAGUGUCUUAUAAACGAAAGCUAGAUGUCAUCAGAUGAAGCAGAGGGAAGCAGCCCAGUUCUGCCAAAGGAUUCAGAUCGGGGCAGUUCAGUGUCCUCCGCGCUGCAGGAUGAAUAUGAGGAGCUUCUCCGAUACGCUGUGGUGACUCCCAAGUUUGAGGUGGACCCGGCACGUCAGCCCCGCCACGCAUCGCAGGCGUCCGUCGACGGGAGGAUCGCGGGGUUAAUGGACGGCACUCGCUCUCGCCCCUCUGUGGGGUCGAUGGCCAAGUGGGAAGGAGGGCGGUUCUCGAGCAGCGAGCUGCCGUCAGCUGGAGUCACGCCCAGAGAGCACUCAGCCAGGGCUCAAGCUUCCGCAGAGGAGAUGCCCAUCAGGGCCGGUGUCAUAUCCGCCGUCGAUUCGCAGGAGGUGCACAGUGAGCCGGAGAGCUCUGAGAGCAGCGUCCCGGAGCCUGGGGUUACCUCCGUGACUGAGAUGUUUGUGUCUGAGGAGCAGCUGAGCCGGAUGGAGCACGUGCUGGAUACCUGGAGCGACAACUUUCAGGUCCAUGUGAUGGCGGAGCUCCGCAAGUGGAAGCUGGUCUUCAUGGAGCAGCACCGGCUGGAGCUGAAGAGGGAGCGUCAGAGGCACGCAGCCCAGGUGGCACGCCUCGCUGCCCAGAUGGACAGUCUGAAGGAGCUGCUGCGCACCUACGAGACCUCCAACCAGAGGAAGGACGAGGUGAUCAGUAACCUGAACCACUCGCUGGAGAGGCAGAGGGAGCGACUGGAGCUGAUGAGGAGCUUCACCCGCUGGAGGCUGCAGCACCUUGAAGCCAAGGAGGAGGCUCAUGCGGUCAAGGUGGCGGAGCAGCACUACCUGCUGCAGUUGAAGAGGAAGGUGUGGGCGGCCUGGCGCUCGCCCAUCCAAGCCCGGUGGAAGCAGCAUGUGGAGAGGGCGUGCCAGGCCCGCGCUGAGGCCGUGUGCGCCCAGCUGUCUGCCCACCACGAGGCGCAGCUGGCCCAGUGCGCCGAGGAACUGGAGGAGGCCCGGGGAGAGAUCCGGAGGCUGCACGCAGAGAGGGACCGCUUCGAGGAGUCCAUGAAGAAAGCUUUCAUGCGAGGGGUGUGUGCCCUCAAUAUGGAGGCAAUGAGCGUGUUCCAGGGGACUGAGGCCAGGCCAGACCACGACCUCCAGCCCACACCGGACGCCCCCCGCUCCAGCUCCUCGGUCUGCUUCCAGCCACAGCCCAACCCCCCUACCCGCUCCAGCCCGGUGCACUUUGAGUCAGCCACGCCCCCCAGCCUGACCCAUGAUGACGCAGAGCCUGCGUCCCAGUUCAUGUCUCAGUCUGGAUCUGGAGCUGGCCCAUUCAGACCAGUGGAAGGCUUCCCCUCCACCACUUCAGUCGGUACUGUUCUUCCACCAGGAGGCGCUGCAGCGACCCACAAACAGCCCGGCACGCGUGUCGUGACCUCGGCCCAGCAGAAGGCUGCCAAGACCAUCACGGCUCGCAUCACAGGGCGCUCCGACCUCAGAGGCAGGGCAAGCCGUGUAGCUGGGAGCCUGCAGGUGAUGGGUGUCGACCCGCCCAUGAGCUCGGUUAUCGUGGAGCGGCACCAUCCCGUCACGCAGCUUACUGUCAGCCAAGCGACAGCAGCGAAGUUCCCCCGAUCCUCUCAGGGCUCCGCAGGUGGCAGAGGCCCCGCCCAUCAUGGCAGGGCCCCCGCCUCUCAGAUACACUCCAUCAAGCUGGUGGAAUGAAGCUCAGCCCCCCACACACACGCACAAGCGAAAGGGCAUUCAUCAGGCUCAUUAAUCUGACACGAAUUAGGACUGGAGUGAAGGACUUGAAGAGCGGUGAUCACUUAGGCUAGUGUUUCCCAACCCGGUCCUUGGCAACCCCUAGCCAGUCCACGUUUUUGCUCCCUCCCAGCUAGGAGCGAAAAUGUGGACUGUCUGGCCGGGACCUGACAGAGAUCAAAAAACUUAGACUGUCUGGGGGUCCCUGAGGACUGGGUUGGGACAGAAAUUUAGGCUACCUCUGUAUGCAUUGAUUGAUUGAUAUAUAAAUUAUACACACAUGCACAUACUUAUGUAUAUGUGUGUGUAUAUAUAUUUGUGUGUGUGUGUGUAUGAUUUGCAUUUUCAUGCUAAAAGGUCGAUUUUGAAAUGGGUAGUUAAAAAGAAUACGGUUGAAAAUUACGAUUGUACACAAUUAAGUUUUUUUGUUGGAAAUAACAAUACUAAAGUAAUUUUCCACGAACUCUCGGAACUCAGGGACCACUUUCCUGUUUUAUGCGUUUGUUACAUUUUUUAAAGAUGUUUUCGAUUAACUUUGAUUUUUAAUAAAUUUUUAUUAAUGAAGUGUA